UUGACUUUGUUUGGGCUUAAUUUUUUCACGAAGAUGCGGCAACACUGCAGCUAAUCAGUUGAUUAUAAACAGUCGGAAUCGUUUGGUGUUGUUGGAUGUUGUCAAUGUUGUUGGCUGCUUCUUGGCGGGUGUGGGUAUGUCAUGUUCUGAGUGCGAUACUAAUGCAGAUAACGAAACAGUUUAAUUUAAAUCAAUUACGAAAUUUGUGGCAAACAAGAAAGGUUUAUAAUUUGUUAGCGCAACGUUAAAAAGUGUGAAAAUUACUAAUAAUAGUAUACAUAUUCAUACAUACUUAUUUAAGAAUCGUGUUGUGCGAAAAAUCGAUAAAAACAGUGAAUAUUAUACAAAAGCACUAGCAAAUUGCAGUGAAAGCUAAUUAUAGGAGGUGAAGUGAAAUCGCACUUCGUGACAUAUAAACCAAAUAAUGAAAACAAAAAAAAAAAUAAAAAUAAAAACAUUAAUGGGCCUUAAAUUAUGCAGCUGUUCAAACACAAUUUUCAAAUUAGCUUCAUAAACACAAAACAGCAAUCAUCAAAGGUAAACUUCAGAGAGCAACUAAAUAUUUUGGAAACAAUGACGCGCACAGCCUAGCAGUAAUUCAUGGCACACACUGUACAAACAUACAUAUAUAGUAUGUGUUAAAAGGGCUAAAUAUAAGCACAAUCUACUUAAAACUUAAAGUGACUACCUGCAAAAAAUUAUAAAUUAGAAAAAAAAUUACCCGUGUUAAGAUAUGUAAAACAAAAUAAAAUAAAUGAAAAUAAAAUAAAGUUAUUACGCUUAAGGAGUGUGCGGGUGAAAAGCGUAUGACAGCCGUAGCCACCUCCCUACGCCUAAAAAAGUUUCAACCACUCGCAAAUUAGUGGGGCUGCAUUUCGGCCAAAUGCACUAAGCGUAUUGUAUAGUAAUCGACCGCGAACGCGAACGCUGCUAACGAGCCACACAAGGCCGCACAAAUAAUGACAAUUCAUAUACCUAAGUAAUUACAAAUAUAUACAAGCUUUUUACCUAUAAAUAUAUACACAACGAAAGUUGUCAGUGCACCAAACAUAAAAUUAACAACAACGCGCCAAGCAGCUAUACAUUUGCAAGCCGAUCACUUGGUUACAGACUCCAUUUGGUGUUCAUUCGCCUUUUCACGAUGACCUCGUACAUAGAGUUGCUUGUAUUGUUUUUGCUACUACUCUUACCAUUUCCGUUCUUCUACGAGAAUAGUCAUAUUUUUCGUUACUACUUCAAAUUUUUCAUCUACUACGGCAUUGUGUCCUUCAAUUCCAUCAUCCUGAUACCGGCAUUCCUGCUGCGACCGUUCGAUGUGCGAAAUUUGCUUUGGGCGAGCACUUUUUGCCAUCGCGUCUCAACCUUGAUUGGCCUACGCUGGGAGCUGCGUGGCAAAGAACAUCUGGAAAAGGAUCAGGCUUGCAUAAUUGUGGCGAAUCAUCAGAGCUCAUUGGAUAUACUGGGUAUGUUCGAAAUCUGGCACGUAAUGAAUAAAUGCACAGUGGUAGCCAAACGAGAACUCUUCUAUGCUUGGCCCUUCGGUUUGGCCGCCUGGCUGGCCGGUCUUAUUUUUAUCGAUCGUGUGCGUGGCGAAAAGGCACGCGAUACACUCAACGCUGUGAAUACUCGUGUGAAGAUGGAGCGUAUCAAAUUGUGGGUAUAUCCCGAAGGUACACGACGCAACACCGGCGAAUUGCAUCCCUUCAAGAAAGGCGCCUUUCACAUGGCCAUCGAUGAGCAAAUACCCAUAAUGCCGGUAGUCUUCAGUUCGUAUUGUAGUUUUCUCAAUGAUAAAAUGAAAAUUUUAAAUGCGGGCAAUAUAAUUGUGACCGCUUUGCCGCCAAUCAACACGACAAAUCUAACAAAGGACGAUCUGCCCGAGCUAAUGGAGCGCGUACACCGGCAAAUGGCGUUAACCUUAAAACAAACCUCGGCCGAAGUGUUGGCGCGUUACAAGACGAUCAAGCAAUCGCCCUUAAAUGCAACGUCGUCCAGCAACACGGGCGAAAGUCUCAGUAGCAAUACGAACGGUAGUAGUAGCGGUAGCAGUAGUAGUGGUGUUACUGUUGGUAUGCAGUCUAAAAAGCAUACAAUAAUUCAUGCAACACCCACUGUUGCGACGACGACUGCGGCGGCUGGUUCAUUGCAGCACCGUUUGCCAUGCGAUACUAUCGUUGCGGCCGCGGCGGCGACGGAGGAGUACAAGUGUAGUAGUAAGCAAAAAGCAACUGCGCUAGAGACGACACAUUAGGCAAAAUGAGAGAGUAUACAAAUUAGGUGUCAGUGGUAAACGCACACCCACAUACGCACACACGCAAUUUUUGCAGACUUUUUAACAGCAACAGUAUUAACGUCGUUUAGCUUACUAAUGUAAACAAAUAAACCGGGUGCAUUAUUUGUGCUUUCACGAAAUGACAUUCUAACAGCACAUUCUAUAUGUACAUACGAGUAUAUCUGUGUGGAAAGGCCCUAAAUCACAUUUUUACCAAAUUGAGUUUUUAACACAGCUUUUAAUACACCUUCACCAAAAAAGUAUGGCAUUACCAUGGAACGUCAAUAUAAGCAUUAAAAAAAAUGAACUCAUUAGAUUUAAGCUGCGAUUAGUGGUGCCGUAGCUUAGCCGUAACCGUAACCAUAGGAAUCAGAUGUU